AUGAAAGAUGAAGCCGGCUCGACCAGUAUCGGCAUACAACAUCACUCCCUCAACAUCAUUAUCUUUGUCGGGUUAAAGGAUCGGCUUAAGGUUCCGGAUGUAUGGGAAGCGCGUGUAAUAUUUCUGGGUGCUCUUUCUGCGUGUGAUAUCCAACUAUUGUACGGUACUCUGCAGAAGUCUGCCUUUGCGCGACCUGAUGUAUCCCACAGGAAUGUUGGAAGUUUCAGCCCUUCACUUCCACGCCCUCAAUUCCGCACUUUCACUUUCAGUCAGCUUUAUUUGUCAGGUGGUCCUGAGCUUCAACACACACAAAAAUUGACGAUGAACCAAAAGACUUGCCUGCAUCGAGAAAGUGUCGAUGGGAAAUGA